AAACUAACAGGCUUACGAGAAACCGAGGUGUUUGAAGGGGACUGUGAUCACUCAUCAUUUUCAGCACGUCGGACUAACAAGUCACAAAACUUUAUCCCGAGACUAAUAAAAGAACUGCGACGCACGUGUUUCAGCACACAGCUGGGCCGGUGCCAUGGUUACUGACAACGCAGCUUUGGGGAAUUGAUGUACAACUAAGGUUGUCCUGUCGCACAACAACGUACAUAGAGCGUGCAGGGUGCAUAAAAACGCAUGAGCGCACACAUUUUGUGGACUUUAAAAAGCUCACACCCCAAUGUUUACGCUCCGUGUUUACGCCACAAUAACCUGUCUGCUGUUCAGGCUCGGUCACGUUACGUGACCGGUUCUUGUUUUUAUCUCGCGGAGGCUUCUUUCCCGAAGUGCGACUGUUCGUGAUCAGUUUAGAAGUCUGUGUCUCGCUCCGGCAGCUCAGCGCUUGCACAGCAAACACGAGCUGUGAAGUUUUGUAGCCCAUAAAACUAGAUGCAAAACCGCUGCAUCUGAGGAUCAUUAUUCUGCCUCGCUCCACGCGCCUGCGUCUGCUCCUUUGCAUUUUGCGCACGAAUCACGUUUCAGCAGCCUGGUCAAAAUGGCCUGGACUUAGUCGCCAUAGAAGCAGCGUCGAUAGCUGCAAUAUUACAGACAAGGUCUAAUUACCGGACUUUGUGCUGGUGCAGCCUACACGUGAGUCGGAAGCUGUUCCCAAACGGAGGCGCGCGUGCGCUCUAACCACAGAGCCGACGGCUUUGCAAAGUGGCAGCUCAGGGAACUAUAGACAUCAGUCUGACGCGCAGCUCCACUGGAGGACACGCACUGUGCAUUAUCUGCCUCAGCCGUCCGCGCGUGGGUCGUUGGAAUAACAAACAUUCCCAAAAGAAGCUCAGAAGAAGCAAAGAACCAGCAGAGGAGAGAUGGAUGAACGAAUACCGCAUUUACAGGACAGGCAGUUCAUGGAGCACGCGGAUUUCUUGGGGGUGGAUUACCCCUCACUCUACAUGUGUAAAUCCAAAAGAGGAAUAAAGCGAGAGGAUGGUGGGAAGGACGCAUACAAGUUACCACACCGGUUGAUAGAGAAGAAGCGGAGAGACAGAAUCAACGAAUGUAUAGGGCAGCUGAAGGAUUUGUUACCCGAACAUCUCAAGCUGUCGACGCUCGGGCACUUGGAGAAGGCAGUCGUCCUGGAGUUAACGCUGAAACACUUAAACGCGCUGACUGCUGUCACUGAGCAGCAGCACCAGAAGAUUAUUGCUUUGCAGAAUGGAGACCGGUCGAUGAAAUCUUCCAUUCACGCUGAUCUGGAUGCGUUCCACUCCGGAUUCCAGGCCUGUGCCAAAGAGGUCCUGCAAUACCUGAGUCAGUUUGAGAACUGGACAGCACGGGAGCAGAGGUGCGCGCAGCUGAUCAACCACCUUCACAAGGUGCUGGCGCAGUUCCAGCCCGGCGCGCAGCCACUACAACACCAGCUGCCCGCCGGGGACGCACAGGAUGGUCAGAAAUCUGACAGCCAAGCCAAUUGUGUCCCCGUCAUCCAGAGGACCCAGGGUGGAGAGCUCAACGAGAAUGACACAGACACGGACAGUGGAUACGGGGGCGAGGCAGAAAAGAGCGACGGCAAAGAUAAAGAAUGUGAGCGCAGUAAGGCGCAGGGACCAAAGGCAGUGAAAAUCAAGCAAGAGUUCGGAGAUGAGCGGGCUGCCAAAAAACCAAAGAUGAGCUGGCCUGGGAACGGGGCAGGGGGCGCAGACCUCACCAGGCCCGACGUGGCGUUUAUGAACUCUCUGAUGGGAAUAAGCAGUGUGGGACAGCAGACACCGAUUUGCAUGCCUUUCUACUUCAUUAACCCCUCAGCCGCUGCUUCUUACAUGCCUUUUUUCGACAAGAACAACAUUGAAAAGUACAUGUACCCUGCGGCGGCCGCCCUUGCUUCCCCUUUCCCUUGGCUAUAUCCCGCUCACGCCUCAGCGGCGGCGGCGGCGGCCGCUGCUGCCGCGUUCCCCGGCCUGUCUGCGCACUUUGGAGCCGCUUCUCAGUCCAAGGACUCACCCUCUCUAGACACCGACGGGUCACUCGAGGCUGACGAGGGCUCACCUGAGGAGCGCGAGGAGAGUCCCGCUAGUGACGACGGAGAGGGUGACGUAGGCGACACGUCCCAGGAGAGCAAGAGUAGCUCACACGACCAGUUUUCUGGGUGUCAGAGGAGCUAAUUAGUCCGUGUUACCUCUCUGCGCAUUCUCGAGGAGUUUAUGUAUCUUCAUUUUUUUAAAUAAUUAGGCUAGUUUUAAACGGGGUUUCACAGGAGAGUUGCUCGUGUACAAUAUCUUGGCGAAAGAGAGGACAGUUGUGACGGCGCGUGCCUUUUGCACUUAUGCUAGAUUAAACAAUCUGAAUGAUUAUCGACAAUGAUUGACACUACACGGCCGUGUUGUGCUGGAGUUAGUUUUUUUAUCCUCUUUGAUAAACUAUUUUGACAUGGCAGCAUUGGUGCCAAAACUUUGAGUACUGCAGCAGUGCGCAAUAUUCCAGUCAAUGAGUCUCUUUGGAUGUAUGAAGUUGCAACUGACCUCUGCCAAGAUUAUUAAUAACUUGGCUGACUCUGACUGUAAAUAUUAUUACCUGAAAGAUUCAUUACCAUGUAAAUGUGUACUAAAUGGGGCCUAUAAAAUGGGUGGUCCUGGAAGUGCAUCUAUCCCCAACUUUGCAUGGGUAAGCUGGGAGGCACAUUACUGUACCUCCUGAGAACUGAAACGCAUCCCCCUUUCAGAACAUACAUAGACAGCAUCUCCAUCAUACACAACACAUAUAAAAGUCUCAUGUUUUAAUAAAACAUUUGUAAUACAUUCACGGGAGAGGUGUUAUGCAUAAAUUCCUUCAUUUCACUCCCACUAAAGUUACUCUGGUUUCCGUUGCUUUCUGUAUCCUUGUGGCAAAAAAAGAAAUAAAAAGAAGAAAGAAACAGAUGUAAUAAAACCAUUAAUGGAGAGACAAAGCCUUCAUUCAUAAGGAUUUGCUUAACCAGCAUAUUGUACAUCCCCUGACUGAAGCAUUUCUGCACAGAGCUGCAGUGACCUUCUGUACCUCCAGGAAACAUUGUAGGAUAGCACCUUAAAGAUCUUUGAUAUUGAAUGUACCUGUAUUUUCCCAGCUGUUAAAGUUUGUAUGUAGAAUGGCAUUGCUCUUUGAGUUACUCUUUUAAGUGCACUUUUUCUGCUUUUACCCACUCCACCCUGAAAAGUCACCUCAUCAUUAAAGUAAAUCAUUAUA